UUUAAUUUUCGCGAGUUAUUAUAGAUACUUACAGUUACAGCCAAUAAAUUUUGACGUACGUCAAUGAAUUGUUUAGGUUUACACGACGUAAUAUUGCAAUCUUCACAAAGAACAUUCUCCAUCCGCUCUCAUGUCGAGCAUCAUGACAGCGCCGGACGUGGUCCAGGAGUUUCGAGACCGCACCCCGACCUUAACCUCGCCAAACAUAAGGCUUUCUCCCGCGGCGGGCGAGGCGGAACACGAUCAGCAGGCCUUUCCUCCAAGCAGUGACCUGACUGCUGGUGACCAGCACUUUGCUUCACCCGAGCCGGAGCCCGCCAUGCCGAGAGCAGCGAGCCCCACAGCUGGAAAUAGGGAGACAAAAGCGAGUGCAACUACGUCGAGUGGCGCCCACCUCAAGGAGCUCUCUGCCUCGGCCAUCAAGCCACCAAACUUGCCGCGUGACAGCGACCAAGGUCGAGACCAUUAUGCAGCGAGCGAUGGCAUUGAUCAAGAAGAUGUUCUGCGUGCAAGAAACAUCACGGCUCCUGAGGGUAGUGCUAGUGACUUGAUAAAUCCUCCACCGCCCAACAACAUAGUAACGAGGCCCCCAAACCAGCAGUCCGCGGCGACCGCUACCUAUCCUGUGCAAAAGUAUCGUAUUCGUAUAAAUGCAAGUCUUGAAUUACAAAUCUUUGUCUUAAGGCAAAUCUGCAUUACAAAUUUUAUUUAUCAUGCUGCGGAAAUUUGUAAUGCAUUUAUACGAGUGCGAUACUUUUGCAAUUCAUACUACCUCUGGGUCGUCGACGAACGUCUCGCUGCCGGAGCGUGUGCGAACGUCAACAAAUGCUAGCGUGAAAAGCUGUUGGUGGCGGUUCACUAUGAAAUGCAAAACAAGCCUCGUACUAGUAGAAAUCGCAUGACAAAUAAUACCCUCAGCAUGAAAAAUGAAAUUUGUAUACGCGGAUAUAGGUUCGCAAUUACUACGAGUACGAUACUUUUGCAGUGCAUAUUCACGCAACAGAAGCUGAAGUCCUGGCAUCCUUUGAUGACGCCGCGGCUCGUGGUGCGGCUCACCUACGCAGUGUCCUUGUUUCUGCUCAUCAUCGGCGUUUCCAUCAUCGCCAGUGUCGCGAACGUCCUCCGGGUUGCCAUUGACUACACCGGAAUGGACGGGGCGACGUCGCCGCAGCGGCUCAUCGUAUCCGACGGGAGUGCGUUUUUGGAAAAUGACCCCGUCCACGUUGUCGUAGAGAACGUCGCGACCUUCAUCGACAAGGUCGGUGGCUCCGGCCCCAUAUGACAGUGCACAACUCCACCCCCUCCCCGCCCUCAUUUGUCAUGCAAAAUACCAAAUCCUAGUGCUGCUCAGUGGUACUGUUUGGAUGUUGGCAGAUUCCGGAAGGAGCCCAAGCCGUACUACAUUAUGCGCAUUCGUGCACAUCUGGCUCCACAGGUGCGAGCGUUUGUAUUGAGUUGUCCAUGCAAUACAAAUAUGGGGAAGAGCAGGGGCUUGUGCACUUUCAUACCCCAACGCGGACAAGGAGAAGUUUAAGACCACCGUAUCCUGUGUAAAAACAUCCCCACCCCAGAGUUGUCAUGCAGAUCUGCAAGCACAAGAGCGUUUGUUUUUUGUAAUGCGCAUCCCUUUGAGAGGCAUUUCGAUUUCCCACUGUGUUUUGGAACUUGUAAUGCUGUAAACUUAAAACAGGAUGAAAAGAUGGAUUUGUUUAUGCAACUUCCCUUGCUAAACUGGACUACACUACAGCCUGCAAUUUGUCAUGCGUGGUUCCCAAAACUUCAAGGUUUGUGUUGCAAAAUCCCCAACUUGACUCUGGGGUGGCGACGUUUUUACAAAUGAUACACCGCCUUUCAGGUCCGGCUGAAGCUGAAGGAGCCGGUGCCGGGCGACGAGGACUUGUACGUGUACUACGGGAUGCGGGGCUUCCACCAGAAUCUCCGCCGGUUUGUGUACAGCAAGGACGUCACGCAGCUUUCCGUGUCCACCUACACGACGCCGGACGAGUACCGCAAGGCCGCCGCCGCGGGCGAGUCUUGCGCCGUAUGCAUUGCAAAUAUGUCCGGGUCUGGAAGAUUCUAAACUUGUGAUGCUGUCUCUGCAUUCAAAAGAAAUUUGUAUUGCGUGGUGACCAGCAACAGGACUCCAGUUUGUGCGCCGCGGAUAGGGCAUUUGUCAUGCGGAAUAGGCACUAGGAAGCCCUCUCAAAAUCUGUGACGCUAGUGCAUGCAUUACAGACCUCAUGUGUCAUGCAGAAUAUGCAUGACAAGCCUGGCAAUCUUCCAGACCCUGACAUUUUUGCAUUUGAUACGCCGAGGCCCUGUACGAAAAAAACGCGGACGGAGACACGGUGCUGCGCUACCCUUGCGGACUGAUCGGGAAGCACGUAUGAAUUGCAAAAUUAUCGCACUCCUACUCGUCGAAUUGCAAUAGUACAAAUUAGGUGCUCAGCACGACACAGGAAAUUUGUCAUGCUGUUUUUUUUUUUUAUUUUGGGAGAGCUGGAGAUUUGUCAUGCAUUAUAUAUAGUAGUUGCGAAGAUCAUUACUACGAGUCCGAUACUUUUGCACGUGAUAGCACGCUUUUAACGACGAAAUCCUGAUGGAGGACCUCCCGGAGGGCCAGAGCAACGCCACCAGCGACUACGCCUCCUUGUAUCUCAGUGCUGCUGCGCCCGGGGGCCAGGUUUCUGCCACGACAAGCCGAAAGUGGCGAAAGAUCGAGCUGCUACAGGAUGUGGAUUCCAUAGGGUGGAAGGAGCCCGAGAUCGAGAGCGGGCAGUUUUUCCAGAUGAAGCCCGACUAUCGCCGGAGCAGCACCGGGUCUGAUAUCCAGGAAAAAACACCCAUCCGCAUCCAAUUUGUCAUGCAAAACAUACAUAAAAUUCUGUGUUUGUCAUGCAAAAAAUCGUGUGGAUGGGUUUUUUUCUGUGGAUAUCUGACUACGUGCCCACCUACGAGGAGGGCGUCGACAUGUGGGUGGUGCGCUCGUUCCCGCCGGUGCAGUGUAUGAUCCGCAGUAAACAAAUUCCCGUACUGCGCGACGUAGAAAUUAUGUGGCUUUGCUGGCAUGACUAACUUUUUCUUCAAGAGGCCUGUUCAGCAUCACACGUUGCUUCUUCUAACUAUAGUUAGUUGGUGAAAUUCGUCGUGAUACAUUUUGUACAAGUGCGGGGAUGGAGAUUUUAAUUGCAUACAGUGUGUGCAGAAGCACCAGGCGGACGAGUUCGGCUAUUCGGUGCAGGUGCCGCCACUGUACCUGGCGCGCAAAGAGCCGGCCAACCCGAAUUACGCGCAGACGCGCCAGUACGCUUGCGGGCCUUACGAGCUGAACCGCCCGGGAGAAUGGAAGAUUGAGGACGACGACGCGGGCACCGAGCAAAAAAUUGGCCCCUUUCGGCCCACCGACCCAGCGGCCAACUGUUUGUUUACCAGCACGGAGGACCCAGAUGCGGUUCCGGUCAACUGGAACAACACCAACACCGCCCAGACCGACAACUACCAGCGGUCGUACGAACGGAAGCAGUGCUCCCAGUGGACCGGAAGCCACAUGGUAACCGCCGCGAGCCCGACCGCGGGACCACUUGCGGGCACGACGUCGUCCUCAACAUCAUCUAGUACCGCCACCACCUCCACCUCAGUCUAUGCUUUGCAAAAAUAUCGUAAGUACUCGUAUAAAUGCAUUACAAAUUUCCUCAGCAUGAGAGAUAAAAUUUGUAAUGCUGAUUUACCUUAAGAAGAAGAUUUGUAAUGCAUAACUCCAAUACGAGUGCGAUACUUUUGCACAGGAUACAGUCGCUCCGGCGACCACCACGAUUUCACAGGUAUGAAAUGCAAAUAUGUCUGGGUCCGGAAACUUGUGAUGCUGGCUGGCGACUCGAGAGAACGCCAGAAAUGACGGCUCAGCAUGACAGGUUUUUGAGUCGCUAGGUGUUGCCUAUUCUGCAUGAGAAACUGGGUCUUUGCAUGACACAAAAGUGGCGCUUUUGAGUACCUUGCAUGACAGACUUGACAGUCGUGCUACCAGAGCAUGACAAACCCGGCACUUUCCCAGACCCAGAUAUAAUAAUUUGCAAUGCAUAACAGGCGCGCCAGUACGAACUGCGCGAGAACAGGCGCUGGGGGGUCGAGUCGCCGCUUUUUAUCAAAAGGGAAAAUCCCAUCACCCCAUAUCGAAAACGAAAUUUGUGAUGCUGUAUUUGAGUACACAAAUCGACUUGCAAUGCUAGAAGGCCAAGGGCCGCCGUCGUGGCCUCGUUUGCAGGCAACUUCGCUUGCUGUUUCCCACUUCCAGCUGCUUCCUGUCAUGCUGAAGAUGCAAGACUUCCCCACGCCACACAGCACUACAGUCCGCAUCUUUUCCCUUCUAGCAUGACAAAGCUGAUUCGUGACUGCAAAUCUGCAUCACGGAUUUCCGCUUUGAUAUGGGGAGGGGGAAUUUUUCUUCUUGAUAUUUUUCACCAUUUGGUUUCACAUCGCCGCCACCAACGUGUUCACGAAGCUGUGGGGCAAGGUGGCCAAGUCCGGGCACGAGGCCACGCCCACCGUGCACAAGGAUAUCGCAAGAAAAAAGUGUGACAGUUACACACAUAGUCUAUGCAAGACCGGCAACACAGACAACCUGUCUCAUGCAGGAAACGCUUGGGAGCCUCGUUUCCUUCCUGUUUUUCCUUAUGAUCUUCGCAUUACAAGUUUUCUCUGCCACACAGAGAAAAUUUGUGAUGCAGGAACUCCAAGAAGUGUGUAACUGUAGCACUUUUUUCUCGUGAUAAAGGAAAUCCGGCUCACGGUCUUCAGUCGGUUCAAGACCAUAUGCAUUGCAAAAGUAUCGUAUUCGUAUAAUUGCAUUACAAACUCCCUCAGGAUGAGAAAUAAAAUUUGUAAUGCGGAUUUCGCUUGAGAACAAGAUUUGUAAUGCAUGUUUGCAAUUACUACGAGUACGAUACUUUUGCACAGGAUAGACCAACCGCGGCAGCAAGAACAGCGAGCACAUUUAUCACAGGAAAAAAUGUAAAUGCAGCACUAGGUUGUACUCAACAUCGACAUCCGCAUUGCAAUAAACGCAUAUAAUUACAGGUGGAGACACUUACCAUUGUACACUGAAUUUUUACUUUGUCUACCACAGGAGUAUGCACGAUGAAACUACAAGCUACAUUCCUGGUCAUGCCCCCUUACAGCAAUCUGCGAACGAAGCGAACCGCUAUGAAAGAACGUGAUGCACUUUAUUCCUGGUUGAUAGCUUCAGCAAGGAAAUCAUCAUCGGCACAGCGUCCUGGGUGGGCUCAAGGAACCGCCGACUUGGCUUCUUCUUCCUCGCUAUGAAUUGCAGAUAUGAUGUCUGGGUCUGGAAAAAAGGACGGCAUCGCAUUUGUCAUGCUUGCGCGGGACACCAACCAAGCACACAAAAUAAAAGCUGUGAAGAUUGUGAUGUGACGCACAAAAGCUUCUCAAUUGUUGCAGCUACGCAAAUAGAAGCCAGCUUUCCACUCACAAAACAGCCAUGGAGAAGUCGUCGCCUAAAUAAAGCCUGUACUCGUGAAGAUGCUUUCGCAAGCAGCCUUAGAGACCUUUCACAAGCCACUCUCGUUACACUACUGCUGCUGCGUGAGCCAACAUAAUCGCUGCCGUACUCCUCCAGCAGCAGACUCAGACAUGUUUGUACUGAAUACUCGCCGCGGCCGGCGUCAUGCUCCUGGUCGCGUUCUACUUCACACACACUUACGUCGUCUACUCCCGUCGGGUUGGGGAUGUUCGAUAUCUCCGCGACUUCGGUGCUGCGGCGGCGAAAAAUAAAGACGCGGGCAAGGACAGCCAGAAAGCGGGGGUGUUCGGACAGUUCCGCGCCGCGCUUCGAGGGACCUUCGGCAUCUGCUUUCGAAGUUCGUCUUGAGGCGUAGCUUCGGACUUUAGAGUAUUUUUUGAACAAUAAAUGAAGGCUAUGUACAAAGAACUCUCUGCAGAGAACAGCAGCUAUUCUGCGUUGACCACGUCUCAGUGGCACAGUACCGUCGUCGCUUGCUCGUUGUGGCACAGAAGCAACAGGCAAAAGCUUCGCGAGUUGUUUUCUGACUUGUUCUGGU